ACAUCACUGUUCAUUUCAAGGGAUGGCCCACUCACGGCAGAUCACGAGAGGCUGCAGGUUCAAAAUUCAAUGGGCUCAUUUAGUGGCCUUCAAGCAGAGGAGGGCCACCCACAACAUGUUAAUGGGCCAGGCCCAAACUCUCAAACUUCAAAAUCAAGAAAAAUGGGAUUAUUAUUUGUGGCCCAUCAGGCCCACCAGCAGUCUGCAUCACCAGCUAAUGAUCACAUCGUUCCGCAUCAAACGGUGUCGAUGCCUUGGAUGUCUAAUGUGCUGCACCCUGAUCCAGGCAAGUCUGACCUCUUAUAUGAAUUAUUGAGCUGUAGCCUUUAGUGGAAAUUAUUGAAUUUGAAACUUCGAAUUCCAAUUAAAUUGAGUACAGCAAAGAAAAACUGCCAAAAUCAUCCUUGGCAAUAUCAAAAGCAUUCUUGUAGCUUUUUCUGCUCCGUUUCCUACGCUCCAAACACGCCUUCCCUGCAAAAAUCAUAACAUCAUGAACAUGGAAAAGCAAGAAGAAGAAAAGCACACCGCCUCCGACAGUCCAUCUGUGGAUGAACCUCCAUCUCCACAUCCCCACCAAGAACACAAUUCCCUUCCCCCGCCGGAGUCUUCACCGGCCGACUCUCCCGUCUCCUAUCGGACCUCUCAUGGAUUCUCCCCCAAAGAAUAUAAGACUCCGCCUACCCCGCCGACGGACAUGCCUGCGACGUCUCCUUCCCCGGUAGUGGUGGUGAACCGAUCGGUACGAGACGAGCCGAGGAUAGUAACGAAGGUGGAUCUCGGUGCCGUUGACGGCAUCGCAAGCAUAGGAGUGGAAGAACGCGGCGGUGCUAGUGCUCGGCGAGGGAAGCUGUCGUUGUCGAUACUAAGGAGACCGAAGAGGGAAAGGGCAGUGGAGAGAGCUGCUUUAGGGUUUAGAGUUUGUGGAUUUUUAUUUUGCUUGGUGUCGUUCUCAAUUAUGGCCUCCGACAAGAACCAAGGCUGGACUCUCGAUUCCUUCGAUCGCUACAAGGAAUUCAGAUACUGUCUGGCAGUGAAUGUGAUCGGGUUUGUGUACUCAGGCCUGCAAGGAUGCGACUUAGCCUACCAUUUGGGUACCAGACAGCAUGCUCUCCGGCAGCACCUCCGGUAUCACUUGGAUUUCUUCAUGGAUCAGGUACUGACUUAUCUUCUUAUUUCGGCAUCAUCAUCGGCUGCCACCCGGGUUGAGGACUGGCAAUCCAACUGGGGCAAAGACAAGUUCCCGGAGAUGGCAAGAGCAUCUGUAUGGAUGUCCUUCCUCGCCUUUGUGGCCUUCGCCGCCAGCUCUCUCUUCUCUGGAUAUUUCCUCUUUACUUUCAGACCCAUCUAAUAAAAUAGUAUAUACCUCCUCCACCUUUAGUUACAAAGAUUAAUUAUUGAGUGUAAGAAAAUUUUAUCAGUUCUGUACAAAAAAUAUAGUUGUUAUGCUGCUCUAGGGAAUUAUUAUGUACUAUGCCCAUAUAAAAAAGGUGAAAAUUCUCCUGGUCGUUGCUGCCCAAUACUUUAGUGUAUCAACUCUAUUACAAAAGUUGAUUCCUAACUUUUAUCUCAUAUCAUGACAUAAGUAAGUAGUUAUUAUUAUAUCAGCCCAAAAUCUCGUUAACUGAUCUUUACGAUGCUUCCCCUAUCAAUUAGAUCUAGAUGCUUUAUCCAUAGAAUAAAGUAUUUAAGCAUAUGUAUUUCUUCAUAUUUUGACUUUUAUGAAGUUUCUUUCUUUACUACAA